GUAUAUAUGGUGUAGACAGUGCACAUUGCCACAAGCUGCCUCUCAUUUUGUUACCCACCGAUCCCAACACCAGCCACAGAUACACAAACACACAGGUCACCCAUAUAUACAACGAUGUCCUCCGCCGGAGUUCUAGUUGGCAUGUGUGUUGUGCUCGCCUGCUUGGCCGCUGUUCCGCGAGCGCUGGCCACGGCCGUCCAUGGAGACGCUAGCAGCAACGGCAUCCUGCAUAUCCCUUCCAAUGGCUCCUUGACUAGCUGCCCCACCCACUGCGGGGAUGUCGAAAUCUCCUAUCCCUUCGGGAUAGGCUCUGGUUGCUUCCGGCAAGGCUUCGAGCUCACCUGCAACCAGACAGCUCGUCCUCCUAGGCUCUUCUUGAGAAACAGUACCACUCAGAUCACUUCUAUAGACGUCGGCAGCAAUAUGGCUUCUGCUUCUACUGUUGGUUUUAACGUCACCAUGGGGCAAGGUGUGGACACGUACAUGUCCUGGGGUACCCCUGAUGGUGGCGCUGUUAUCAGUGAAAUUAACGAUGCUUUGUAUGUCGUUGGAUGCGGUCUCGAAGUCUACAUGUUCGGUAAUAACUGGACUGACCUCAUUGGUUCUUGCAUGAGCAUAUGCGCAGAUGACCGGACCACGGAGAGGGCAAAUGUUUUCGGCUCCUGUCGUGAUGGGAUUGGCUGCUGCAGCAUCGAGUUGACGAGGGACCUGCCAGCCUUUAUGGUUAAACUCGUCCGCCUCAACGGUACAAGAGCACAACUAAAUGAUGUCAAGGUUUUACUACCAUGGUAUUAUAGAUUCGUUUUGGGUGAUCUUUACUCGAGUUGGGUAAACACAAGCAAUGUUCAUGAUACAAGAAUUCAGAUCGCCAUCACGGACCAACCAAAUUGUGAACGUGCCCGAGUGAAUAAGGAUAGUUAUGCUUGUAAUAAUGAAAGCAACUGCCAAGAUCUACAAUAUGGACGAGGCUACAGUUGCUCAUGCCCCAAUUAUUACGGGAAAGGCAACCCCUACAUCGUAAAUGGCUGCAUCCAAGCUUACGAUUCAACAACGCCCAAAGAGAACUGUACAAGAUCAUGUGGGAACAUUAGUAUUCCAUUCCCAUUUGGGAUUGAAGAAGGUUGUUAUGCAAAUGAUAACUUUCGACUCAACUGCACAAGUGAUGGCACCGUUCUUGACCGUCGGUACGCACAAUAUCGUGUGACUCGAAUAUCACUUGAUGAUGGGUCUCUGGCUGUUAGCAACAUGCUGAAUGACACAAGCUCCAAUAACAUGGAAAGGAUAGUCAAUUCCAACUAUGAUGGUACUGGCGAAUUUCGGGACUCUUAUGAUAUGUCGUCGGUUGUGGAUGGUAUUUAUGAUUUCUCACGGGAAGAUGAAAUAGUAAUAAAGUGGGUUGUUGCAAACUUGACUUGUCAACAAGCUAAGCAAAGUAAUCCGAAAUACUAUGCGUGUAUCAGUCACAACAGUAACUGCCAAGAUAUCAGGCGAGGGAAAACAAAUUAUGGGUAUCUCUGCAAGUGUAAUGAUGGCUUCCAUGGAAAUCCAUACCUGCAAAACAAUUGUACAGGUAUAUUUCUCUCCUAAACUAUAUUUGAACAGCAUCUCAUUUUUCAAAAUAUUAUAAAGAACCGGCUGCACAGGUACAUCCGGCUUCUCCUUCGGUACGCGUA